GUCGACAGCAGUCUUGUGCAGUUCGAGUCGCACGCGAGCCGUGACCCUCCUGGGCGGAGUAGCCAGCUGUCACUAUACUGGUCAUGAUCCAGGAUGUCAGUGGAACAGGUCGACGAUCCAUAUCAAGUCGGUGUUCGUGAUCAUGAUCAUGCGGUCAUGUAUCAAAGCAGCCUUUGACCAACAUAGAAAGUGGACAUGCACACCAUGAGUCAAGAUUGCGAGCUCCCUGCCAUCGCCUAAACAAUUUCUUGGGAUUCGUGAAAUUAUGCCAUGGACCUGCGGCGUUCAUCAUGGACCACCGAUUCCAGCUCGGACGAUUCAUUUGUGUCGUCGUCACUCUCGCUGACUUGCAUGCCACAGUUUGUAUCGUCGCGAGGAAACGAAUAUUUCUGUGAGAUAGACGAGGACUACCUUACCGACCGUUUCAACCUUACGGGCCUCAAUCUUGAGGUCACAUAUUACCAAUACGCCCUCGAUCUCGUGACCGAUGUCUUCGACAUGGACGUGGACGACGACAUGCGAGAAGCGAUCGAAAAGUCUGCGAGGCAUCUCUACGGGCUCGUCCACGCUCGGUACGUCGUCACCACACGCGGUCUCACAAAGAUGAUGGAAAAAUACAAACAGGGCGUCUUUGGCAAGUGUCCUCGGGUAAUCUGCGAGUCUCAACAUUUACUUCCAAUGGGUCAGCAUGAUCAGCCUGGACACUCCCAUGUGAAACUGUACUGCGCCAAAUGCGAGGACAUCUAUAAUCCAAAGUCUUCGAGGCACAAUUCGAUCGACGGCGCAUACUUUGGUACCAGUUUCCAUAACAUCCUGUUUCAAGUAUAUCCUACACUGCAGCCACGAAAGACGCAACGGAGAUACGAACCUCGUAUCUAUGGGUUCCGUGUUCAUGCAAGCGCCGCACUUAUGCGCUGGCAAGAGGAACGGCGUGAAGAGCUGAAGGAACGCUUACGUGAUCUAUCUCUUGAGACUGGCUUCGAAGAAGAGGACGAAGGCGACGAGGAAAUUGAGAGUGAGGACGACGAAAUCGACAUCGAAGAGCAGGACGGCAUCGACGAUAUGUUCGAAGGCCAGAUGCAGCCAGUCGCCUAAAUUGCAUGUACUACUCCGCCGCCGUAUGUAACAUGCUCGGAGGCACGAGAUUGACCAUUGCGACCGAGGUGUCGCGAAAUUGAGGAGAUGCACGCCUGAGGGGUUGUAUCGCGCCGAAU